AUGGCGGGGGUUUUGAUUUACGUCAAUUAGAAAAUUAUACGUACAUCCUUUAUGUUUAUUAAUACAUUGUUACCAUGCUGUAUAAGAAAGGCUUCCAUGUUUGAAUUUACAUUUUCAAACACAGCUACAAACAAGUUUCAUAAGUUCAUAUUCAAAGGAGUGGACGUCUGGUGGCUGCGAUCAGUGUAGACUGAUUUUUUUGCAUCAUACAUUUUCGGGGGGAGUAUGGAAAUGUUGAAAGCAAUGACUAUGGUUUUUAUGUGCGUUUUUGCGGCAUUUUUAUUCGCUGUUCAAGCUGCAGCAAAGCCAGUUUCUCUUGAUGCAUUUUUCUUUGAACAAAUACAAGAUGAUAAAAAUGUUACUGGUGCUUCCAAAAUUUACACCAUUGAGACUAGUGAUCUAACAAAUACAACAAGAAGUGAAAAUGUACUUCAGCUCUCUUUUUUACAACAUAAUUUGUUACCUGGAGACAAGGUGACCUUCUAUGAUGGCAACUUUACCAGUAUCCUGCAAGAGUACACAUCAUCAACAGAAACUCCUACACUAUCAUUCUUUACAACAUCACCUGAUGCACAAGUUGUGUUUACUGCAAACAAAUCUGAUGUCACAACAAGCAGAAGUUUUAUUUUUCUCUACCGAACUAUCCCUAAAGAUGUUGAUAGAGAAUGUAAUCAACUGUUUUAUGGAAGAUGGGGAAGUAUAGACUCUAGUGAGUAUGACCGACGUUCGAAGCACUGUAGGUAUACAGUAACGCUUCCUACGUUGGGUGGAGGUACAGUCUCAAUUCUCUUUGACAAUCUGACGAUACCAGUAGGCGAGAAACUAACAAUUUGGAAGGUCGCCGGUACAAAGAAUUACUCUCGAUAUUUUGAACCACACGGCAGCCCUCUAAAGGUGUUCACUCAUGCGGAUAGCGGCAGAUUUCACUACAUCGCGCCUGGAGUUUUGAGGACCCUCGUUUUGGAUUUUAAUUCAACAACACAGUUUAAAAUCCGUUUCUACAAGUAUAGCUACCAAAAUGUUAUCAACGAAAUCGGCGAAUCAGGAGAGAUAAGCAUUCCUAUAACUCCAUAUCCAAACGAUCUUUCCUUGAUAUACCGAAUUACUGUACCAAGAGGAUAUGCAAAAAUCACAGUCCAUGACCUAUAUUUGCCUAAGUAUGAUAGACUCGACGUAGCCAGAUUCAAUGGAAAGUCAUGGGACUUCGUACGAAGCUUCAAAAACGACAGUGACCUAAGUACAAACACUGUAGUGUCAGACAGCAGUUCAAUCGAAGUAAUCUACAACAAGCUUAGCGGAAAUUCAGCCUGCAGAUAUAGGAUCACGUAUUCGAUGAUAGAAACUACGCUUAAGACGUGCAAAACGUUCCAACACAUGAAAAAAUCGCAGUUCACAAAAUUUACAGAACUUUAUGAAGGUUGGGAAGAGUCCUUCACUUGCGCUGAUGGCUUUGGCAACGAAAGAGUUCUUAACCAUGAUGUCACCAUAUUAUGCCAGGCCAAUGGCGAAUGGAAAUAUGGGAAAAAAACCGAAGAGUGUCGCAAAUUAUGCCCUCCGUUAGCUUCCCUUUACAAUAUAUCUUCACGUGGUUUGUUUCGAACAUUUGGUGUUACACAAGAGCACCUCAGUGGCGAUAAUGUGACAUUUACAUGCAAGGCAAUAUAUACGAGGUUGACCUACAAGACUGUCACGUGUACAUCAACUGGUGCCUACUCCGCACCUCCGCCGUUCUGCGAAGAGCUAGAUAAAUCCAAUGGUUCAGAUUUGGCUCUUGUGUUGUCCUUGUCGCUAAGCGUCCCAAUUGUUUUUGUUAUGAUGCUGGGUCUGGGUUAUAUUAUCUUGCGUUAUACGACUUUCCUUAGUGCAGAAUAUCAUAGGAAAUUAUUCGGUCCGUCGAACAGGCAAGAUCAAAGACAGACAGUCCAUCUGCAAGAAAACGUAGCGCUAGGCAACGGCGCAGGACUUUCAAACGAUAACAGUUCUCAAAAAAUGGGCGCGAAUGAAGUUGGAAUAUGCUAACGUGAAGUUGGCAAUAUUGCAGGCCAAUAUUGCACUGUUAAUCUCGAUUGAACGCUGGUUUCGUUUUUACUCGAUGUAAAUAGAACAAAUAAAGGAAUAUUUACCACUCGAAAAACUAAUUUAAUACCAUUUCUUGUGUCUACUACUCUGUCUACUCCAUGCAGGAAGUUCAGGCGUAUUCCACUAGCAGGAAUUAUAUUCGCGUAAUAUUGCAUAAAUUAAAUUAGUUCUUUGUGACUGCAUCAAAAUAUGCUUUGGAAGAAUUAGGUCUUAGAUUCAGCACAUUGGCUUAUUGGCUGUAUGUGCGCAUACAAAAUUUAACUAGUGAACUUUUUAACUCUAAAGAAGCGAUAUUACUCAGUAAAUUUGGCAUGUUGUAGAAUGCGGACUGGACUGGUCAGGAAAAGUGCGGACUGUAUAAACACAUCGUUAUUAUGUAAACUGUAAAACUAGAGUUGAGAA